AUGGCCAUGGAUGAUGCCUCGCCCCAGGCAGGCUCAUAUCAAAGCAACAAUUCCUCGAGCAACAGCCCUUCAACAUCAUCACAAAGCCCUACCUCACAACUGCCGAACUUCUCAGGUCUACAGAUCAAACCCGAGCUCUUCGUCAAGCCCGAUCUUUUCACACUCUACUUUGGAUUCUUCGGAAGCUCGGGAUGGCAACGUUCGGCUAAGUCAAGAAUUAGCGGGCGACUAGAGGGCAUCUGGGCUCUAACCGGCCGCAACCCUACACAAGUCGAGGUGGACGCAUUCACCGAACACACAACAAGAGGCCUAUACUACGGACGAGCCGGUAUCCCAGCAUCAACAUUUAUUGGCGCAGCAUGGAUGUACAACAAGGGGCGGGAGACCUUCCCAGCCGGAAGCACGGCGAAAGAUCGGGUUUCGUUCAUGCGUCAGAUGUGGUUCACUCAAAGAAAGGAGUUUCUGAGCCUGACGUCCAAGGUUGCUUUCAGACUACUCUUCAUCGGCACCCUUGGUGGAAUUGUCUCGAGCAUAGCGUCGGCGUACGUAAAUGUGAACGGCGCUCUUUCCGACCCGCGCUUGGAGGAGUGGAGGCACGAUUCAAAGAACCAGAAGGAAGAGGAUAUUCGCAAGCGCAAGAUCCAGCUUGUCAACGCAACGUACAACAGGUCGCUCAAAUCGGUCGAGGAUCAGAUACAGGUGGGAUCGGGCGGCUAUGAUUUUGCUUCUGAAGCUCGUGGGAACGAGUCUAUGGGCGGCUUUGAUUCGGUCCAGUCUCAGCAGCAGCAGUACGGGUACGAUGCAUCUAAUGGGAGCCCGGGGACGUAUCAGUCACGUCCUUCUCAGCCCCAGAGGAGCUCUUCCGAUUUCUUCGGUAGUGAUGACGACGCCAGCCCGACUGCGCCUGAGUACCGAGCUACAAACCCCGAUGGCUCGGCCAUGAGCUCUUGGGACCGGAUUAGGCAGCAAAAUGGUUCAUCGAAACCCCAGCCUCCGGUGCGUCAAUCUCCACAGGCAUGGGGCCAACUGCAGAAUCAGCCUAGGCCCGAUCCUACCCCGGCUGGUGCUCAGGACCGAUACGAUAACGAUAGGAACCGCGAUAGAGAGCAGGCGCAAGCGGACUUUGAUCGAAUGAUGGAGGCCGAGAGGAAUGCGUCUGAGGAAUCCACUAGUCGACGUGGUUGGGGAUCAUAA